AUUCCUUCCUUCGGGGCCACGUUCCUGCUGUCACCCGGACUGGCUGGUUUGCUCCUGGCGUGCUAGAGGUCAGCGGUUUGGGCAGGGGACUUCGUGCUUGGGUCUCCCGCAGCUCCAGCGACUCUCAGGCGACACUGGGCGUCUCCUCCUUUUCCGGCCUCGGAAGGUUUUGUUUUGGUUCUUAGUUGCUUGUUAAGGAAAGGCACCCUGUUGACCAAAGGUUUCCCUGUCUCCUCCCGGUGGCUAGACGCCAAGUUUCUCCUAUCCCAGCUCGACCAGACUUGGGUUCCUUCAAGAUCCUCGAAGGCCGGGGAAGCAAGUCUUGAGAAGAGGAAGAGAGCAGGCAGCCAGGCUGUCGUACCCAAUGCCAUUGGCCAGCUCAUUUCUUCGCUCCGUUCCUGGGCCAGUACCUAUUGUACCGCAAAGGGUGCGGGCAGUCUCCCAAGUGACUCCUCAAGAACCUGGUUCUCCACCAUUCCCAAGAGAAUACUCAGUUUGGCCCAGCCCGCGCUCGCGCGGGAUAAAAAGGAAGGUGACCAAAUCCCAGGAAUGGGACGCGGGGCGCAUGCGCAACUAAGGCGGUGGCAUUCAAGAGCUCGCCCGCGACGGCAGCCGCUAGGUGGCGCAUGCGCCCUGGAGGGUGCGGGCCGGUCUCCGGGAAGAAGGCGGCGGCGGCGGCGGCGGCGGGGAAAGGCGGGGGCGCCGUGGGGGCCGGCCCGUGUUUACACAGCGGCGGGCGGACGCGGACGCGGAACCCGGCGCGGUGGCGGCAGGAUGGUCAUGGCGCAUUUCGUCGAGAAUUUUUGGGGGGAAAAAAAUAGUGGCUUUGAUGUCCUUUACCAUAAUAUGAAACAUGGACAGAUAUCAACGAAAGAACUAGCAGAUUUUGUGAGAGAAAGAGCUACAAUAGAAGAAGCAUACUCCAGGUCAAUGACAAAACUAGCAAAAUCCGCAAGCAACUAUUCACAGCUUGGAACAUUUGCACCAGUGUGGGAUGUGUUCAAAACAUCUACAGAGAAAUUAGCAAACUGUCACUUGGAGCUUGUUAGAAAAUUACAAGAAUUAAUAAAGGAAGUUCAGAAGUAUGGAGAAGAACAAGUAAAAUCUCAUAAAAAGACUAAAGAAGAGGUUGCAGGAACUCUGGAAGCUGUUCAAGCCAUUCAGAGCAUAACUCAGGCCCUUCAGAAAUCCAAGGAAAAUUACAAUGCCAAGUGUGUAGAACAAGAACGUUUGAAAAAGGAAGGAGCUACACAAAGAGAAAUAGAAAAGGCAGCUGUUAAAUCUAAGAAAGCUACAGAUACCUAUAAACUUUAUGUGGAAAAAUAUGCAUUAGCGAAAGCUGAUUUUGAACAGAAAAUGACAGAAACAGCUCAGAAAUUUCAAGAUAUUGAAGAAGCUCAUGUCAUUCACAUAAAGGAAAUUAUAGAAUCCUUGUCAAAUGCUAUAAAGGAAAUUCAUUUGCAAAUAGGCCAGGUCCAUGAAGAAUUUAUAAAUAACAUGGCUAACACUACAGUUGAAAGCUUGAUACAAAAAUUUGCUGAGUCAAAAGGCACUGGGAAGGAAAGACCUGGCCUUAUUGAAUUUGAAGAAUGUGACCCUGCUAGUGCAGUUGAAGGUAUAAAACCACGGAAAAGAAAGACUUUUGGUUUGCCAGGAAUAAUUAAAAAGGAAAAGGAUGCAGAGUCUGUGGAAUGCCCUGAUGCAGAUUCACUUAACAUUCCUGAUGUAGAUGAAGAAGGCUAUAGUAUAAAACCAGAAGCAAAUCAGAAUGAUACCAAAGAAAACCAUUUCUACUCAUCUAGUGAUUCUGAUUCUGAAGAUGAAGAACCAAAGAAAUAUCGGAUAGAAAUCAAACCUGUGCAUCCAAAUAACUCACAUCACACAAUGGCUUCCUUGGAUGAAUUAAAAGUAUCUAUAGGAAAUAUCACACUGUCCCCAGCAAUAUCUAGACACAGCCCAGUGCAGAUGAAUAGGAAUUCAUCUAGUGAAGAGCUAACAAAAUCGAAGCCAUGUGCUGGAUCUAAUGAGAAGGGGACCAGCGAUUUACUUGCUUGGGAUCCCCUGUUUGGACCAUCUCUUGAUUCAUCUUCUUCUACUUCACUAACUUCGUCGUCAUCAUCAGCCAGGCCCACAACUCCUCUUUCUGUAGGCACCAUUGUCCCACCUCCAAGGCCUGCUUCCAGACCAAAGCUUACUUCAGGCAAACUCAGUGGGAUUAAUGAAAUACCCAGGCCAUUCAGCCCACCUGUAACUUCCAAUACCAGCCCACCUCCUGCAGCUCCUUUAGCCCGGGCGGAAAGUUCUUCCUCUAUCUCCUCUUCGGCUUCAUUAAGUGCUGCCAAUACUCCAACAGUAGGUGUGUCACGAGGUCCCAGCCCUGUCAGCCUUGGAAAUCAGGACACCUUACCUGUGGCUGUUGCCCUUACAGAAUCUGUUAAUGCCUACUUUAAAGGAGCAGACCCUACCAAGUGUAUUGUGAAGAUCACUGGUGACAUGACAAUAUCGUUUCCGAGUGGAAUUAUUAAAGUCUUCACUAGCAAUCCAUCUCCAGCUGUGCUGUGUUUCAGGGUGAAACACAUCAGCAGACUAGAGCAAAUUCUUCCGAAUGCUCAACUUGUGUUCAGUGAUCCAUCACAGUGUGAUUCUAACACAAAAGAUUUUUGGAUGAACAUGCAAGCUGUUACUGUCUACCUCAAGAAGCUAUCAGAGCAAAAUCCAGCUGCUUCUUAUUAUAAUGUAGAUGUAUUAAAGUAUCAGGUAUCAUCAAAUGGUAUUCAGUCCACUCCUCUAAAUCUUGCAACAUAUUGGAAGUGUAGUGCUGGCACCACAGAUCUUAGAGUGGAUUAUAAGUACAACCCAGAAGCUAUGGUGGCACCGAGCGUGCUUUCAAACAUACAGGUGGUGGUACCAGUGGAUGGAGGAGUCACAAAUAUGCAGUCCCUUCCCCCUGCAAUAUGGAAUGCAGAACAAAUGAAAGCCUUUUGGAAACUGUCUGGUAUUUCAGAAAAAUCAGAAAAUGGAGGUUCUGGGUCCCUCAGAGCAAAAUUUGAUCUUUCAGAAGGACCUAGUAAACCCACAACACUUGCAGUGCAGUUCCUCAGCGAGGGAAGUACCCUCUCGGGAGUAGAUAUUGAACUUGUAGGCACUGGCUAUAGGCUUUCCUUACUAAAGAAGCGGUUUGCCACUGGACGAUACCUGGCAGAUUGCUGAUGGACCUGGGAAACGGGUUGGCUCGAGACAGAAGCACAAGUCUGACAUCCUGCAUUGUCUGUUCUUUCCAACACGAUUCUAGCUUCUAUUAGGUCCUUUGAACGUACACACAUUUGAGAACUGAUUACAAACAUUAAAUUGCACUUUUGAAGUGAGUCAUCAAAAGCAAUAGCACUGAAAUGAUUUUCAUCGCUGUUAAUGAUCAACUGCAAUAUUCCAGAAGCACAUUUGUAGAGAUUCUCAGUAAAAUGAAGUUUUCCUAGGCUGAAAUUUCAUAUUGUCUUCAGUGUCUGUGUUGAGUUAUAUAGUGUAUUAUCAGACCUAAAAUUUCAGGAGAGCAAGCACCAAAUAAUUCAGCUUUCCAUAAAUUUUUAGAGUCAGAGAUAGGUUUGAAAUUUCCUAAGCUUGAGAUUGAAUGGAGACAGACAGAACGUGAAUUCUAAGUUUUGGAUAAUGUUAAUUCUGAACACUCAAUCAGAUUGAGUUAUGUGCCAUAAAGUAAUCAGACCAGAGUCCAAGGUGUACGCAAAAAAUGUAUAAUUUGAAUCUCAUAGAAACAUUAAUAAAGUGUAAAUGGUGUUUUAUAUGAUUUUUUUAAUUCUCAAGUGCAAUGUGUUUUAAAAUAAGCUUGCAAAAGACAGCAGAGAAAUUUACUUCUGCAGUUAGUUAACUUUAUAGAAUUUGUGAUUGUUUUUAAGAAUUAAUGCUGUAGAUUUAAUUUAUUUUUAUAUGGAUUGCAUAAUGUGUGCCUUUUAAAACAAAUAACAAAAGCCAGAAAUGUGCCUAUCCAGGUUUGUGUUCGUUAAUGUGCCUCACUUUUUUUCCCUUCACAGUCUGGCUCUUCUAUUCAGUGUUAGAGUGGUCAAGCAUUUUUACAAGAUAAUUGCCAUUUUGUAAAUAUCUUGACCUCAAUUGGGAAGGGAAUUCAGAGUAACUAAAGGUUAAUUUGUACCUAAAAAUCCUGGCUCACUUCUUUAGUGAUACACUGUAGCCGAUAGAAAGAGAAAUACACCUAAUCGCCUAUGUUUACAGGGGAAGAAAAGUUACCUUCAGAUAUUCCACCUAAGUAUGUAAAUCAUAAAACCAAUAUGAAAAACUAAAGGUAACUUGGUAACUGCUAUUUUAAUCCUCAAUUUGACGCUUCCUUUCAUUCUGUUUAUCAUUGGAAAUUUAUACAUUUAAUGAAUGUGCUGGGGGCAUGAGUUUUGUAUUUCGCGAGGAACACAUUUUAGAGAAGAUUAGUUUUGGCAUUGGAGAAGUACUGCCGUUUGUUUUCAUUUCAACAAUUGGGACAGUUACCAAUUUGUAUGUUAUUGGUUAGUUGCCAACUGCUAGAAAUUGGGAGAGGAUUUGAAGUGAUGGAUUGGGUUAAGCAUUUCUUGAACUACUAAUAUUAAAUAGUAAAAAAACCUAACUUUAUAGCGAAUCCUAAUUGAAGGACUUAAAAUGUUUUGGACAGUUUCAUAAUUUACAAGUGGGAAUUUUAUUUAUAAAUACCAAUGUCCUGCCUUUUACGUAGAAGUGAUAAAUUGUUAUAUAUGAUAAUUUAUAUAAAACCACUAAUUAUUCUGUUAAGCUUUACAGAACAUUAAAACCCCUACUACUAGACAUUUAUGUAACAUCUUGUUCUACUAAAUACAGCAGAAAAUCUACUUAUUAGCAAUACAUAGAACACAGUAUGUGCUUUUUAAGUAUAUUCAGUAUUAGCCCAAUUCGACAUUUAGAUUUGACUAAAGCAGCAUAUUAAGACAAUUUGCUGAAAUGUUCAUCUUCACUAAAUAGCAAAAUGGGAAUUUCUAACUCUUAUGUUGUGCUCUUUUAAAUGCCAAUUACAAUCCCUUACUGGAAUCUUAAAUGUAACUGCUUUGCAAUCACACUGCUUUCUGUGGGCAGUUAAUACUUUAUUACUGGACUUCAGACACAGUUACACUCACCAGGUUUGUUUUGAAUCAAGUAUUACCUAAAACAUGUACAGAUUAGUAAAAUGGUUAAACUUCUGCACUUUCUGAUUACCACAGUCUUCAUGCCAAGUGUCGAUACCUACAUUUGUAUUAGGCGCAGGCUACAAUUUUGAAGCCAUAUGAGUUUAUAUUGAUUUUUUUUUCAUUUAAAAAUCCACUAAUGGUGUAAAAAAGACCAGAUUUUCAAUGGGAAAUGUAUUUAGCAAGCUGGUUCUUGCUGCUGUAUAGUGAUAAACUUUGUAGCUGCCUCUUUAACCAAGAAUUUGUAAACAAAGAACUCUAACAAAUGUGAGUUUUUAAGAAAUGUUAUUUACUACUUUGAGUUGUAAUUAGAACAAUGCAAAUCUAUCUUACACAAUUUUGUAAAUAUUUUUGAUUUUUUCAUAAAAUGUAAAUUUUACAUAAAAGUUGUGCCCUUAAUAAACAUGUAAUAUAUAAUUUA